AACAGCAACCCACUUGGAAGUUCGACGCCUUUCAAAUAACACCGCCAUCUCCAGUACAGUGACUGUUCAAGAGCUCCUUUUAAUUGACCAUUGAAGAUUACCACUUCGCUCAAACACAAAUUCAGCUCCCCAGGGACAGCUUCGGCGGGCAUCGAUAGACUUCCAAACGUAGUAGAAAUCAUCUCCAGCGUACGAAUUGCUCGAGAUGGGGUCAGCGCAAACGCAAACCUGCAGCAAGUCGGCCACCCAGACGGGUGGCUUUCUGGGCACCGACGACGGCGAGCGAAACGACGGUAAUGUAGUUGCCACGAACGCGUCGCGAUCCCAUAGCUAUUGCCUCAACAAAUCCACCCAAGCCUCGUAUGCGGCAACGCGUACGCUCGGAGGACACACCCAAGCUUCCCUGAAAGACUUCCCUCAAGAACUUCUCGCCAGAAUCUUCCUGUUCGCCCUAGAACGCAGCAGGAACAAUGCUUACGGCCGCCGUACUUUUUCCGUGUUGAGGUCAGUGUGCAAAAGCUGGAACGCUGUAACCUUAUCGAAUCCAAGGCUAUGGUCUACUCUGACUCUCGACUGCAUCCUGUGUAUUCGACUUCCGGAGGCACGCGAAGCAUCACCCUCCAGAAUUCGGGCUUGGUUCGACCACGCCAAAUGGGCCCCUCUCUCUUUCCAGGUCAUAUUCUGCCCCGUCCAUCGGUUUUCCAGUGACGAGGAACACUCAGAGGAGCACCCAGACGUACUAUCGCUGGCAUCGGAUGAUAGGAAUUGGUCUGAACUUCGAUUUUGCCUCAACGGCUUGUACGCGCUGCACAGCCUUCCCAAACUCUUUACGGCUGUUGCGAAUGCACCCUAUCGGCCAUGGAAAAACUUGACAACCCUACGUGUUUCUCUUACUCCCUCUCCUGGCGAUUCUAAAUAUUGGCCCUUUGGAUCCCGUCCAUUGGACUUUUAUGCACCAAAUUUGGCGUCCCUUCGACUGGACAUUCGGACUCGAUCACCCGAAGAAAGGACCAUCUCUCAUGGUACCCUUUCACACCUGACGCUCGACUUUGACUGCGGAACCGAGCUGUCAUACAAGUCGCUCAUUAGCAAUCUUCGUCAUCUCCCUGGGCUCCGGUCGCUCAAGAUUCGCGCAGCCAGCGUUCCGACACCUUCAAAGCCCAUCGUAACUCACAUGGGAGUAACGUCCUUAACCGCAAGCGGUUAUCCGGAAAUCAUCAGGUAUCUGACUCUUCCCUCGCUGAAAAGCCUCGAGUUGGCACCGAUGGAUUUUAUACGUGAUUGUGCGACGAAGUCUGAAAACUUGUUGCCAAUCGCACAAGCAUUUCUACGCCGGUCUGGAUGUCACCUUUCAGAGCUGCACAUCUACCAAUGGCACCUUCGGAACAGCCUGUCGUCCCAGCUCCUUGACGGGAUCGAAACUCGGUACAUUAACUCCCUAUCCCUUUACCUGAAUACGGAGAGAUAUCGUGGUCGUGUAUCUCCCCAACAAGCUUUCAUCCAUCGGCUCCUGCUUCUACCCUCUAUUCGGAAGCUCGCGAUUUUCGGGACUGCCUACAUCAACUUACAUCCACCCUCAUUCAUCGAAUGCCUCGAAGAAAGGAAAGAAGGUUACUACUCGUCGACUGGCGCUCAAACCGACAAUUCGGGCGAGCAAAUCGACUGUGCCACCUUGCCCAGGAUCGACCUCAUCUUCGCAGAAACUUCGCCUUUCAUUCGAAAUCUCAAUCUUGACCUUUUGACUCGCGCAUCGCAGUUGGGGGUUCGAUUUUAUGUUGGUGGUAAAGAAUGGAAUUAG